UCCUGGGUCGGCACCACCCGCAGAACGGACGGGGCUACUUAACGGGUCUGGCCGAGUCGUCCUGCUCAUUUCGGCCGUCGACAUGGAGGCGGCAACGACCACACUGCUGGCCUCAGGCGCCCAGAACGCCUGCCCCGCCGUCUCCCUCUUCACGCUCUUCUUCGUGACGCUGAGCGCGCGCCGGGACCGCGACGAGCUGAAGCGGCCGCCGCCGCCCCUGCAGUCGCCCGCCUUCGACUUCAUCGUCGUGGGCGGCGGGUCGGCGGGCUCCGUCCUGGCCAGCCGCCUUAGCGAAGUCCAGCACUGGAGGGUGCUGCUCCUGGAGGCCGGCGGCACGGAGCCCCCGGAGACCCAGGUCCCCGCCACCUACAGGUGCGUGGCCCUGGACUUGGGCGACCCCCUGAUCCCCAGUAUCACUGCUUCCUGCACGCCCCGCCCUGUCCACCGGCUCCCGACGCCAUACCCGCCAAACAUUUCGCCCACACCGCCUUAUCUCCCGACAUGCGAGUGUUCACGUCUGGAAUUCCCCGUGGCCUGGUCACUCCUCACUCCGGCCGUGGCAUGCCAUUUUCUUGCUCUUUCUUUCGGUGAGAAACCCAUCCGCUUCCGCAACAUUUGUAUGUCUCCCACCCCUACCCUUUCUCUC